AUGAGCCAGUCCACCGCUACUGAAAGCCCGCCCGCCGACAGCCACUGCGUGGCGGCCGGUGACAAGAGCGAGGACCCGGACGCACCGGGAAGCGCCGGACCCACACGCACUGAAGUGAGCUGCUCCUACUGCGGCGAGGAUGACCCGCGCUCGCUGGCCAUAUGUACCGUCUGCAAAAAGUGGUUUUGUAACGGUGGGCAUGGCACCAGCGGUUCCCACAUCGUCUUGCACCUCGUGAGGAACAAGCACCGUGCAGUGCAGCUGCACGCGGAAAACCCCCUCGGUGACCCCGUGCUGGAGUGCUACAUUUGUCGCUCGACGAACAUUUUUUCGCUGGGGUUCAUGCCCUCCAAAGAGGAGUCCGUUGUUGUCCUGGUUUGCCGCGAGCCGUGCCUCCACUCCAAGGCACUGCGCGACCUCAACUGGGAUGCCUCCACGUGGCUGCCAGUGAUCGAGGAACGCCGGGUGUUGCCGUGGAUUUGCAAGGUGCCAACUUUCCCGCGAAAAAAACUCACCUUGCACGAAAUCACAACCCUGGAGUUGGCCUGGAACAGCGAGGAGAAGCAGACGGUGGAUGUUCUGGAGGAUGCCCCAGCCGUGCCGCUGCGCUUUGAGAACGCCGUGGAGUACAUGACGGUGUUCAAGACGCUGGUUGAAAUGGACUUCGUUGCCGCGAGGGAGCAAAGAGAUUUGCUCUUUGAAAAUGUUGCUUGCAAGUUCCAGAAGGAAGCUGGCGGGAAACACCUUUUCCUGCUGAAGCAGUUGCCGCCCUCCGAGGUGGGUCUCCGCUGCGGCGAUCAAGUCUCAUUGUGGGCCAAGGAGGGUUGGCGGUUGUUGAAGGGCGUCAUCGUCGAACUCGGGAGGUCGCAGCUUGGCGACGAGGAGGCUGUGUUCGAGGCGUGCUGCAGCGGCCUGGCGGAGGAGCGAAAGGCGCUGAGCGAGAUUCUUGCUGCAUCCACGGUGAGCUUUCGCAUCGAGUACGACGCCACGAGCUGUAGGAGGGUGUGCCAAGCGCUGGAGCGGCUGGCGCAGAAUGCCGCACUUUCCGCGUACCUCUACUUUACGAUUCUUGGCCGGGAGGAGGAGGCGGCGAGCCGCUUUGCUGAGUUGGAUGUUGACCUUCCGCCGCAGCGGCUCCCAGGCCUGAACGCCUCCCAGGACAGCGCCGCGAGAACGGCGUUGCGCAGCCCGCUGACGCUCAUCCAAGGCCCGCCCGGCACGGGCAAGACAGCGACCAGCGUCGCCAUUGUUAUUGAGCUGAAUCGCCACAUCUCGUCUCAAAUUCUUGUUUGUGCCCCAAGCAACGUCGCCGCUGACCACCUCGCCGAGAGGAUCUCUGCGGCCGGCCUAAAGACGGUGCGCCUGUACGCCCGCGACCGUGAGGUGCCGAGCUCCCUGAGGCACGUCGGGUUGGACGGUCAGGUGGAAGAGUUCAUCAUGGCGAGCAGCGGCAACGUGCGACUGAAGCAGAUGCUUGAGAUGAAGUUGGCGGGUGAGGUGUUGAGCGAUCGGGAGCAGGCGGUAUACACGGACGCCGUGAGGAAGGUUGAGGAGGCGCUUCUUGGCAGCGCCGAUGUGAUCUGCUGCACGUGCAUUGGGGCCGCGGAUAGGCGGCUGGGGAAGAUGCGCUUCCAGUACGUUCUCAUCGACGAGGCGACGCAGGCGACCGAGCCGGAGGCACUUGUGCCCCUGGUGCGUGGCGCGAAGCAGGUGUUUUUGGUGGGCGACCAUUGCCAGCUGCGCCCCGUUGUCUUUUCGCUUCCCGCGGAAAAGGCCGGACUGCGUCGGAGUUUGUUUGAGCGGCUGCUGCUGACGGGCCACCGGGCAGUGCGACUUGAGGUGCAGUACCGCAUGCACCCGUCCUUGUCCCUCUUCCCGUCCGGCCAGUUCUACGAGGGCACCCUGCAAAACGGUGUGACGGCGGCGCAGCGCGACGCGUCGCGGGUGUUCCCGUGGCCGGACCCCACGAAUCCGAUCUUCUUCUACAACACGACGGGGUCCGAGGAGCUGGGCGAGAACGGCAGCUCGUACCUGAAUCGGGCCGAGGGGGCACUGACGGAGCGCAUCAUAACGAAACUCAUCCGCGACGGCAAAGUGAAGCCGGAGGAUAUCGGCGUCAUCACCCCGUACCGAAGCCAGUGCCGGUUCGUGACGAACUAUCUUGCGCGGUGCGGGCCCCUGCCGAGGGAGGUCUAUGAGCGCGUCGAGGUUUCAUCCGUCGACGCGUUUCAGGGGCGAGAAAAGGAGUUCAUCAUCCUCUCCUGUGUCCGCAGCAACCGCCGCCAAGGGAUAGGGUUUGUGGUUGACUGGAGGCGACUCAACGUCUCGAUAACUCGCGCGAAGCGUGGCCUGUUCAUUAUGGGAAACGUGCAGCUUUUGUCGCGGUACCCGGCGUGGCAUGCCCUCAUCGCCCACCUCAUGGAACUCGCGCUCGUCGUGGACGGCCCCAUCGAAGAACUUGUGCCGUCAAUGGUGGUGCUGCACAAGCCGCGGUGUACAAGUGAGGAGCAAUAG